CCGCUUACUCGCGUGUACGCUUUAUACGCAAGAACGUAAUGUUAAAACCAGUCAGUCUUUCACUUUCUCUGAGCCCGUCGCGAGCUGCUCGACCACUGCCCAACUCCACGUGUGAUAGAUAUAUAAAUAUACGUGGUCCAUCGUGUCCAGAUUAAAAUCCACCUCAGUGAACAUUGGAGGGUCAUUGAAAAAAUAUAAUACGAAGAUGCGACGGAAGUACAGAUUAAACUUGAAUUAAAAAAUUUCGCCGGACAUAAAUAAAAAAAAAUCAAACAAUUGGGCCUUCAUCAAUUUUUUUAAUAAUUGAUUUCAUUAAGACUCGUUCGUUUACGAGUAACAAUGAGACUCCAUGAUCCCAUGCAAAGAUGCAUCAGUUGUAUUUAUACCAAAAUGAACAAUCGUCACUGAAAUUUAAUUAUGAACAAAAUCGUCCACCACAGAAAAAUAUUCAAAUGACAACGAUAAGAUUUUACCAAUAAAAUCGAUUGAAAAUUUGUAUGACGAAUACCAAGAUUAAAACAAAACUAUAAAAGACCAAAAUUAAGACAGGACUAUAAAAGAAUCGAGAGAAUGGGGGUCGUGACAGCGGCAACGAUAGCCGUAAAAGGCGCGACGAUUCUUAUUGGCAAAGUGGCCAUAGUUCCUAUCCUGAUAGCAGCCCUAGCGUACUUCAAUUACGAUUUAAUGGACCCUGAAAAUCAGCCGAAGGUGACCAAGGAGAUUCGCAAGGAGUACGAUUUUAUUGUAAUAGGCGGUGGAUCGGGUGGAACGGUAGUAGCCAACAGGCUGACGGAAAAUCCGGCGUGGAACGUUUUGCUGUUAGAGGCUGGAGGACACGAGACUGAAAUAACGGACGUCCCUAUACUGUCUCUUUAUCUGCACAAGAGCAAGUUGGAUUGGAAAUAUAGAACCCAACCGCAGGAUUCAGCCUGCCAAGCGAUGAUCGAUCGGCGGUGUUGUUGGACCAGAGGAAAGUACGAGAGAGGAUAUUUAACGAUCCAGGAUUCCCCGUACAACACGCCUCUGGGUAUAGCCUUCCUGCAAGCAGGCGAGGAAAUGGGCUACGACAUUGUAGACGUGAACGGCGAACAGCAAACAGGCUUCGCUUUAUAUCAACUUACAAUGAGAAGAGGAACGCGGUGCAGCGGUGCGAAGGCGUUCAUCAGGCCCAUUCAACUGCGAAAGAAUUUCCAUCUAUCCCUAUGGAGCCACGUGACCAAAGUGCUGAUAGAUCCGCGAACGAAGCGAGCCUACGGAGUCGAGUUCAUCCGAGACGGUCACAAGCACGUGGUGUUCGCCAAGAAGGAAGUGAUCCUGUCUGCAGGUGCCAUAAAUACCCCACAGUUAUUAAUGCUUUCCGGGGUCGGACCCAAAGAACACUUGGAGGAAUUGGGAAUUCCGGUGAUCCACGAUUCGCCGGGAGUUGGACAAAAUUUGCAAGAUCACAUAGCAGUCGGUGGCCUUGCUUUCUUGAUCGAUUACCCGAUCAGUACCGUGAUGAACCGACUGGUGAACGUCAACUCAGCUCUAAGGUACGCCGUCACAGAAGACGGCCCAUUGACCUCGAGCGUAGGGUUAGAAGCCGUAGGGUUCAUCUCUACGAAAUAUGCAAACCAGUCCGACGACUGGCCGGACAUCGAAUUUAUGUUAACGUCGACGUCGACUAAUUCCGACGGAGGGACUCACAUAAAGAACGCCCACGGGCUUACCGACGAGUUCUACAACGAAGUGUUCGGGAAGAUUAACAAUCACGACGUAUUCGGCGUUUUCCCGAUGAUGCUCAGGCCACGCUCGCGCGGCUUUAUUAAAUUAAAGUCGAAAAAUCCGCUCGACUAUCCGCUGUUGUAUCACAAUUACUUGACCGAUCCUCACGAUGUGGACGUUUUAAGAGAGGGCGUGAAAGCAGCGAUAGCGUUCGGUGAAACCAGCAGUAUGAAACGAUUUGGCGCCAGGUUUCAUAGCAAGCCUGUGCCUAAUUGUAAGCACAUACCUCAGUUCACCGAUGAAUAUUGGAACUGUGCCAUUCGUCAGUAUACCAUGACGAUUUAUCAUAUGAGCUGUACCGCGAAAAUGGGACCGUCGACCGAUCGUAUGGCCGUCGUCGACCCGGAAUUAAGGGUCUACGGUGUGGCUGGUUUAAGGGUAGUCGACGCAUCUAUCAUGCCGACUAUUACGAACGGGAACAUAAAUGCACCGGUUGUGAUGAUUGGAGAAAAAGGCUCGGAUUUGAUCAAAAAACAGUGGCUGUCGCGAAGGAAGAGGAACAAUGUAACGAUCGCAAACUCGUGAUAAGACGAAUUCCGUGUUGUGUCAAACCAACUUGUUUCACAGGUGAGAUAGGUCGAACGCGUUUCUCCUAUUUGUUUCGCAAAUAGAGAAAGGGAAAUAGUUAAAAUACAGAUUCCAGAAUCGAAGAUUAUGACACGUGAAACUGAUUAAUCGGGGGCAUGAGUGAACGGUAAUUUGAAUAAAAAAUUUCAGAUUGACGGAUUUUAUGCAAUUAUCAGAAAACUGAAUAUGCAUAAUAAAUGAAGAGUGUAAAGUAUGAAAUGAUUCAAAAUAUUGAAAGCUGAAUAGAUAAUUCAAUGUUUAAAUGAUUGUACAAAUGUUUAUUUAGAAGCACGUCGAUAUUUACGAAUUUCUAUUCCGCAUUUGAAUUAUUUAUUAAUUUUGUUAUCGUUGAGAUAAGCAGUUAACAAUUUAAGGAUGUAUUGGCUAUACAGUCA